UCUCUGAUAUCUGAGACUUACAAGAUAUCUGCGAUACUCGAUAGAAGCAGUUGUCUGCAAUAAAACAGUCGACAGUCGACUAUCAAAACACUUCUCAGUCUCAGCAGCAGCAGCAACCGACAGCCAUGACGACCGCAUCGCGCCCUCGACCUCCGCCGGCGGUGGACGCGAAUGGCAUCCCAUCCGAAGCUCCUCCACCGUACACUCUCACCCCGGACGGAGAGACCUCGUUCCCGAUAAACUACACCGGAAGCCUAUUACCAGCACAACCGCAGGCACCUCCGCGACCUCCGAGACCGACGAACACGAACGCGAACGUGAACGCAAACGCACACGCAAAUGCCGCGCGGAUAUCCGGCAGCAACAGCGCCAGGACGAGCAGCGGCAGACCGAGCAGUAGUAGGCCUUCUACUUAUCCUGGCACCUCUGCCAGUCGACUUUCGAACAGCACUCCGACUGCAUACCCGUCGACGGCCUCACGACCGCAGAAUGCUGCUCCUCCUCGCCCGCCGCGGCCGACGACGAAGCCCACGCCUGGCUACCACAACGGAACCAGCGGCAUCAACCGACCACCACCACCGCCUACCGCCUCUCGCCCUCAACGAUCGAGCAGUAGCAGCAACAGCAACUACAUCCCGGCUGCCGGCGGCCGUCUGAUGUAUCCUCGCGGGUUCCACUGCUACAAAUGCAACAACACGGGCUACAAGCUGAAGAACGGGCAUCCCUGCCGCACAUGCUUCGAGUCCUUUGGCGUCUCUCACAUUCCUCCGAAUCUCAACAUCCAGUACCUUCCUCCCGUCACCUACGAUCCAUGGUACGGCCCGCCUGCAUCGCCUACUGUCUACUCGACCGGUGGCCCUGCGCGUGUCGUGGCGCCGGGUGAUCCCAGUCUAGGCGGUAUUCUCUGUGGAGCAUGCAAGGGCAGAGGAUAUGUGAAUGACCUUGGUUUUGGAAACUUCCUGGGAGAGAUGCUCGGUGGGGACUAUGAGACGUGCAGAGUAUGUAAAGGUGUUGGACGGGUGUUUUAGUCGUGUGCUUCUUCUCUUUUUGAAAUGGUUUGGCGCUUUUGGUCUAGAUAUGAUAAUACUGGGUCUUUCUUUCUUUUCUCCUUCUUAUUUCUCAUUUUUUGUUUCUUAUUUCUAUCGUUCAAUUCUUUUGUAUAUGCCCUUGGAUCUAGAACAGUUUAAUACAGCAUCACGUGAUAAUAUACUUCAAAACCCCACACUCCCUCCACUUUAGGCAACUGAGUGGUUUCGCGGCAGUCAUCGCCAAAUGUCGAUUUGAUGAUCGCGCGAAGGCUUCUUUGU